AUGAACUCUGCGUCACUAGAGGAGACACUGGCAUUCCUGGAUGAGGAGCUGCAACAGCCUGAUAUUGCUGUAGACAGCAGUGUUGAAGGCUUACCGUUGUUUGGUGCUGAUGCAUGGGACCCGGAGGAGCUUCUAGCGUCGAUCGACAACGAUAUCGGAGAGUUUCGCAUUGAGUCGACGCCUUCCAGUGAUUCCGUUGCUGAGGCUCAGCCACAAUCAGAAAAUACAUCAACUCAGACUGCACAAAGCGUCAAGAAACAGGUCAAACCGAAAAGGAAGAGAAAGAAGCAGCUGAACUCGAAUAGAGCUCGUGACGAACGUCGCUACGAGGUGGUGCGCCUGCGGAGAGAAGUGGAAGACAUGGAGCUCACGUUGCAACAACUCAAGGAGAUUCGAAGCCAGCAGGAUCAUAGUGGAUCUACACGAGACAGUCAGUGUGAAGAGGAGGACGCAAGUGGAAUUCCAGCAGUUUGGCAAGACAUUUGCACUCGACAGCUAAAUAGACGACUGAAAGCGGAACAAGAGAAUGCCAAGCUGAAGAAACGCUGGGAAGAAGAGAAAAGGGUAGUCAAAAGCAUCGAGAAUAUGCUGUUCAAACGCAUGGCUCUCACUGGCAAGGCACAUCCUGGAGCGAGCAAACACACGCGACGCACAAACCUUCCUGCGGAAUACAUCAAACGAGUCGCAGCCUUUAUCUUUGACGAGCUUUCUGCUAGCGUCGAGGUUUCUUAUCGUGAAGUAGAAGAAAUUAUUGCAGGCGAUGGUCCAGUUCCGAAGAAUGUGGUGACGCACCAACCGUUGCUACGUGGCGGCAUGAAGGGAAUGUAUCGCAGGCUGUUCGACAAACGAGUGGUGCCUUUUACACUGUCGGAGACGGGCGAUGCAUGGUGGAAACACUGGCAUAGUUACAGAGGCCAGAAGAUGCCAGACCCGACGACUAAUGUGGUCACUGAGAGCUUUGGACUGGAGAUGACUGACCUCAAGACCAACGCUUCUGCUACAUCCUACGGCCAGCAAAUUUUACGCCGACACGUCGAGGAGAACCGCAUCGUGUUCGUUUGGAACGCAUAUAUAGAGCCGUUCGUAUUCGAGAACCAGCCCGUUAGUGGAGUCUACUUGCUCGAGCAAAGUCAUGUGCUUAUCAAGCCAGUUGAUCCCGACUCAAAUUCAGAAGAUGACAAGAAACAUGAAUGCUUCACCAGCAUAUCAACGUGCUAUGUCAUCACGCCGCAUUUCUUGGAUCCAGAGCUGAAGAACGAUCCCAAUACUACCACACUACUCGAUUUCUUGGUCAGUGCGCUAUCUGCCAAUAUCAGAAGACGCAACGAGUCAGUUGAGAAUCUGCUACUGGAUCAGGCACUGCACAAACACCACACGAACCUGUAA